AUGGAUGUAAACAAAACUGCCUCGUUUCAAUUCCUGGUUCAUCUGAGAAACAAGAACUAGUAAAAAUGAUAAUACAUUUACCAUUGAAUACGCUUCCUGAAAAGUUUAUAAAAGAUAUAAAUGCUUUAGUACUAACUCCGUUAUUAACUGAAGAAAAAAUACUUGAUUGGGAUUUGGGAUAUGCUAUGACUAUGCAUACUAAAGGUCUUCCAUUACUUCCUGAGAUUGAGGAAGCAAAAAAUAAGAAAGCAAUUGAGCGAUCCCUAAGACCAUUUAUUUUUGGAAAACUCGUAAGAUAUAUGGAUCAAGAUAAGAAAAAAGGUUGUGAAUUUAACUUAUUUGUUGAUUAUAUCCUUGUAUUAAAAGAUUUGCAAAAAAAUAAUUGUAAAUUAUGCCUCAAUAAAAUGUUGUGGGAAUGGGAUGAAGCUGGAAAUCCUGAUCAAUGA